ACACACUUGUGUCGACAUGUGUGCUGGUGCUGCGCUACCAGCCGCAUUCCACCAACUUGAUCGAGCUACUUCCACAGAGCUUGCGCACACCCGUGGAACCUGAGGGGACUUCUACUAGCAGGAUGACAAGUUUCACGACUCGAACGCAAACCCACAUCAUGCCGGCAACUCAACGCGUCAUGGUCCGUCGUGUAACCAGAAGCUCUCCGGAUUCCGAUGAUACCUACCCGGGAGAUGAAAGUGAAGAAUUCGGCCGCGACGACACCUUUCUGGUGAAUUCAAACACGGAAAACAAGUUUUACGGUGCGGUUCCCGGGGGUUCAUCAGGCAGUAGCACUCGGUGCGGGCGGUUCUUUGACGCCUUUUCUCGCCAGCUGCAUGCCAUGUCCUAUCUGUGCCCAGGCCUCUUCCCCUGGGUCGACUGCGGACCUGCCACCGAACAAAGCGGGAUGUUCGUGAUAAAAUCCGUCGGAGUUAUGUACUUGUUGGUCAUCGUAUUCGACAUGUUCGCUGCUUACGGCAACCCUGGCUCUUCCACCAUUACCACCAUCAUUAUGGCUCUCCUUCUGCUGGCUAUUAUCUCCAUACUGCUCGUUAUAUCGAGGAGACCACAAAAUCGAGUGGCGUUGAUAUACACGACCCCCGGCCUGCCAUUUGUGCCAGCCACGGCCAUCAUCGUCAACAUAUAUCUGAUCCUCAACCUGUCCAUUCUGACUCUGGUGCGGUUUACUAUCUGGAUGAGUCUAGGCAUGGUAAUGUACUUCAAGUACGGUAUUAAGAACUCAAAGCUAGAGACAGACCCGCCAGCGCCACCGGCCGUGACUCCGCCGACACCGAACCCACUCGAUCGCACUACCAUCCCGCCCAACACUCAGCCAAGCCGACCCUUCGGUGACCGCAACAUCUUCGAGGGUGAUGGCAAUAACGGAUUUUUUGGCAGCUAUAACGAUCAAUACUCGGACCCUCUUCUCGCAUGGCACGUCGCCGACUUGCAGCCGGUACAGUCCGGAUCAAACAACACUGGGACUACAUACGUGGAAUCUCGAUACGAUGCAAGAACAAAUAGUACUACAUCACACACCUCGAGCCGUCCGCCGUGGGCAUACCCGGACACAACUUACGACAAUUGGGACUAAAAGUUGUCGCGACUGACUGCCGAGUACCACGUCGCAAUGGCCGUCGUCACUCGACGGCUAUCAACCCAGCUCGCCCUUAAUAAUCACAUACCUACAUAAUUAUUAUACUUAAUGUAAACAUGCUAGCUCUGGAAAAAUACCUAUUUUAAUCGAUUCGUUUUCCAAAUACAAUAUUUUCAUAUUAUUUUUUUAUAAA